GAAAAAGGACAUCGCCGUGUCUCUGUCAUUGCACAGUCAACAAUGAGUGGCUGGCUACGGGAUGAUGGACGUAUGUUUCAGCCUACCCGAUUAAAGCUUUAGCUUCCCUCGGAUGUCAGCUAUAAAGGCUAAUUGGCUAAGCCCGCCAAACAUCCAGCCAAUCGGCGCUUGGCAGGGCGGCGGCCUCUGGAGGUGCGAGCCCUGCCUUCGCCUUCGCCCUUCACUGGCUGGCGAAGAACGGAACAGUAGUCGGCGGCUGAGCGGGCUCUGCGGGUCGGGGUCUCUUUAAGAAUGGAACGCGGAGCUCCCUCGGCGGCGCCCGAGGCAUUGUGACGCGGGGGCUGCGUCUCAGCGUUCCAAAAGUUGCGCCUAACGCCCAGAGGCGGAAGCGGCCGCGGAGUUGAGGUCCAUUGUGGCUCCUACGCUGGGGUUCUGGGCGCCCCGUUCCCUCCUUCCCCCGGCUCCUCCUCUGCCAGAGGCCUUUCUAACCUUCAGCCAUGCGGACCAGAGAAUGGACGCGGGGGAGCACGAUGGGUUGUCCGCCCGGGAGCAGCUCUUUCACGAGAGGGUCCGGGAGUGCAUUAUCUGUGCUCUUCUGUUUGCCAGCCUCUACAUCCUGUGUUACUUCAUCUUAACCCGCUUCAAGAGACACACAGACUUCACCACAGUUGAUGAAGAUGCUGCUGUCAACAGAAUUGCGUUGUGGCUGUGCACCUUCACCUUGGCGGUGUCCCUAGGGGCUGUCCUCCUCCUGCCUUUCUCCAUCAUCAGCAAUGAAGUGCUGCUCUCCUUUCCGCAGAACUACUACAUCCAGUGGUUGAACGGCUCCCUCAUCCACGGACUCUGGAACCUUGUCUUCCUUUUCUCCAACCUCUCCUUGGUCUUCCUCAUGCCCUUUGCCUACUUCUUCACGGAGUCCGAAGGUUUUGCGGGCUCAAAGAAGGGGAUCAUGGCCCGUGUCUAUGAAACAUUUGUGGUGCUGCUGUUGUUGACACUCCUAAUACUUGGAAUGGUCUGGGUUGCGUCUGCCAUCUUGGACGACGAUGCCACCAGCAGGGAGUCUCUCUAUGACCUCUGGGAGUACUACCUCCCCUACCUCUACUCUGGCAUCUCCCUGUUUGGUGUGCUGCUGCUCUUGUUGUGCACACCCUUUGGUCUGUCACGUAUGUUCACUGUUACGGGGACGCUGCUGGUGAAGCCCAGGCUUUUGGAGGAUCUCGAUGAGCAGCUCAGCUGCACAAAGUUCGAAGAAGCUGCUGUUUCCCGGAAGAUCAACUCUGGGAAAACCUCCUGCUGGCUCAAGUUUGAUAUGGAAGUCCUGAGGCAACAAUAUCUAGCAAUUCAUGCCCACAGGAUAACUCUGGAAACGCGCCGCACGGCCUCGGCUUGGCAACGGAACCUGGGCUACCCGCUGGCCAUGCUGUCGUUACUGCUGCUGACCGGUAUCUCUGUCCUUGUGGUCUGCUUCCAUGUCUUGGAGCUGCUGUUGGAUGAUGCUGCCAUGCCACGAGGAAUCCAGGAUGCACCGUUAGGAAAAGUCUCCUUUUCUGUCUUUGGUUCUUUUGGAGCAGCCAUCCAGGUGAUCCUCAUAUUCUAUCUCAUGGUUUCCUCUGUUGUGGGGUUCUAUAGCUCCCCGCUGUUCACCAAGCUGCUGCCUGAGCGACAUGAUACAGCCAUGACCAAGAUCAUCGGGAACUGUGUCUCCCUCUUGGUGCUGAGCUCUGCGCUCCCUGUUUUGUCUCGGACUUUGGGGAUUACAAGGUUUGACUUGCUAGGUGACUUUGGAAGGUUCAACUGGCUUGGAAACUUCUACAUUGUCUUCCUCUACAACAUGCUGUUUGCCAGCCUGACCACUCUUUGCCUCGUGAAGAAAUUCACCUGGGCUGUCCAAGCAGAACUCAUCAGAGCCUUUGGUCUCCACAAGCUGCCUCUGCCAGUGACACGGUCUCACCAUUCCAGCAAGCUAAGUUAGAAUCAGCGCCGGGUUGCCCGAAUUGAACGUGGCAAAGCAACCUUUCCUGUCGCCUCCCUGGAGGGGAUACCCUGACUUGGACAUCUUGGCUAUGCUUCUCGUCUGAACUGUCAGGUUGCAGCAGAAGAUGAGAGCAGGGAACAUCCCUUGCUCUGACCUCACUUUGGAUCAAAACAGGAAGAUGGAGAAGUAAAGUUCAAGGGGGCAAAAGGCCGAGCCCCUUUCCCUAUGUCCCAGGUGCCUGGGGAGGAAGAGGUGGCAGCAGGAGGCUCCCAAGUGGGCAAAAGGCCUCCCGAGACCGUCUCUCGUGUCAGCGGAGGGACCACUGUGCUCUUUCAGCGGACGCCACCGUACCCUGGUAGCAAGACUAGGUGGUGGGAGAAGAGCCACAGACUAUAUGAGAGAGAGGCUCUCGGGUGAGUUAGUCCCUGGGACUUGCAGGGUGCAAAGAGCAAGUAGAGGCAUUUGGGGAAAGUGCCUGGUGUCCCUGGUCCUGACAGAGGAUACUGCUGCUCCCCCUCAUGUUUACAUUUGUCUUAAACCUCAUGCCCACUUAGGCCUCUUGUCUCAACGGCCAGUCAGAUUUGCGUUCUGAGCCAGUUGCAACGUAUCCGGGGAGCAGCCUGAACUUUGUUCCAUGUUUACAUACUUUACUCAAGUGCAAUAAAAACGUGAUGCUGUUGGGCUGCAGCUUUCCAUGCAACAGCCAUGUUUGUGUGUGUGUGUGUGCAUGUCCUUUUUUUUUUUAGUUACCUAUGUCUGUGCUUAAAAUGUACCCUGCAAUGUGUGUGUCUUUGUUCUACAGCAAAGGUCAACCUAGUAAAGAAGAUACACCUCGUUAUUUCUACCCUUAAGCUUUCUCUCCCUUCCCCUCCGCCAAUGGCAACUAAGAUGGGGAGCGGCGGUGGGGCAGAGAACUUGCCACCACUGCCCUCCCUUCAUUCUUGCAACAUCGAAGAGUAGCGAAUGCCAAGGCUUUCUGAGGGAUGGGGGUCAAGUGUGGCCCUCUGGAAUGUGGAUACCCUUCUUGUGCUUUCCUAUAAGACCUGUAGCUUUGUGGUGGGAGAAGAUUCCUUAUAGAAGUGAACUUCACACAUGAUCUGCCUCCCUUGCCCCUUCGUAUAAGGUAGACAACCCUUUACUCCUUGCAGUGAUGAUCAGACUUCAUCCCUAACCACCAGCCAUGGCGUGUAGCACCAAAGAGAGCUGCAUCCAACCACUUCCAGAGGAGGACGGACUUGUCCACCUCUAGAGAUACUCGGCUGCAAGAAUAGCUCUAUGAUUGCAUGUGGCCAGGGAGGGAGAAGUAACCUAGACAAUGGGGUCUGUUCCAUAUUGAGAGGUAUAGUAAGCAGAACCUGGAGAAAUUAAUUGUUUGGGAUUUUUUUUUCAUGAUGUUGUGUGAUUUGAGAGUUGGGUUCCAAAAACUAUUUCUAGUCUCCAUAAACCUCGUGGUUGAAGUUCAAGAAGGUCCUGCUUCCUCAGUGAAGGCCCCAUAUAUAUGUGGAUAGUAGGAGGUCUCUGGGUGGGUGGAUAUUCUGCUACUGUAGGAACAGAGGGCAUUAUAAAGGCUCAUCACAAAGAGGACCAACCAAUGUGUGACGCCUGCCUUUUUUUUUGUGCUUCAUGUAAUAAAUGUCUGGUCUUAGUACUGUAUACCAUUCAUAGGACUUCUAGCCAAUAAAUUGCCUGGAAUCAAUAAAUUGCCUGGAAUUUUUAA